CCACCAUCCCCUCUCACUCAGAUAUGCCCCCCUACACGUCUUCUUCUUUCACUGUUAAUAAUCUUUCUUUAUACAUUGAACUUUCCCUUCCCAUCUUCUCCUAUAAUUAACAAACAAGGAUUUCCAUUUUCUCUCACAUAUCUUCUGUUCUCUCUCUUUCUCUGAUAUCUCUCAAUGUCAAUGGAAAUGGUGGUUUCAAGUUUCUCAGAGGAGGUGUAUCUUUCUUCUGCAAUCUUUCUAUUUGUUUGUCUAUAUCUUCUCUUGGUGGUUCUGGAGUCUCCUUGGAGCAAUGAUGCAGCAUCUUGGUUGUAUCAAGACUUUUGCUUUCCUUCACUUGCAGAAAAAAUGACAUCUGUGGUUGAUUCUAGUUGCAUAGCAAAUACCAGCUGCUGAGAAUGAAAAUUCUCAUCUUCUUUAGUUGUUGUGCUUGGCUAGCUUGAUGCAUUGGAAAUAAAAAAGAAAAUGGAGACUUGGGGAGCAAUUUUGAUCCAUCAAUCUUUCAAAUACCAUCCUCUCAGAUCUUGCAGAGUAUAACACAUACGUAUGUAAAGCAUUAGGCCAGAGAGGAUUUAAUUUCAUGAUAUUGACUCAUGUAGCUUUUGUAUUCAAAAUCCAGCAGGCACUAUUAUUAUUAUUAUUGUUAUUAGAGUUUCUAUUCUGCAACUUACAUUUUAGCCUCCAUUAGUUGCUAACUUUUGAAUCAAAUGACUUGCAAAUUCUUGAUCUUCAGUAUGCAAACAUUAAUUACAUGAAAUGAGCUCGGUAUUAUUCUUAAAAAAGAAAAAUCGAUGAUACUAGAAUCGUUUCCAAGCAUAUGAAUUCUCGAGUUUAAAUCUUAAUUGAAGUUGAUAUAAUUAUAAAAAGAAAAGUGAAAUAGCUUCUUGAAAGGUCACAAAGAUUCUGCACUAGUUUUCCAUAUAUAUGCUCGUUGACAUUUUUUUAUUUAUUACAGUCAAGUGAUAUCAUACAUAUUUUUUUAAUAAAAGGGACUUCAAUUAAUCAAAGCACUGAUCAAACAAACAUAUCAACUUUAAUUUGUUAGUUUAUGCUGAGUGUUCUAUUGUUGAUCUUGUAACUCUCUCUCUUUCUAUAUUAAAUUUUAUUAAUUACUAUAAGGUAUAAAUUUUAAAUGAAUUGAUGAACUUUAGUUCAGUAGUAUUGAGUCAUCUCUAGAGCUAGAAGUUCUUGAAUUUGAACUCCAAAGAAAAGAACAAAAAAAUCCCUUAAAUAUAUAUAAUCAAAGUCUACCUCGCAGAUUAUCGAAAUCUAAUUUAUUUAAUAUCAUGUGGAGAUCAUAUGUAUUUGAAAGGCUAGCCGGUGGCGAGGAAAAUGCUAAACCACCCGCCUGCUCUGCUAGCCGGCAUUGCGAAGACCUCAAAAUUCUCGUCAAUAUUCCACUAAGAAAAAGGGUGAUUACAGAGAGCUAUUCUGACUCCCGAGUCGACGGCGAAAUUAAAGCUGAGAGAUAGUUUCAAGAUUAUAGAUAUGGAGGUGCUGAAUGGUCAGGCUGCUAGUUCCACCGCCGUAAGAGACGCUGAAACGGCACUUUACUCGGCGUUGUGGCAUGCCUGUGCUGGUCCUUUUGUCACCGUUCCACGUGAAGGGGAGCUUGUUUUCUACUUCCCUCAGGGACACAUUGAGCAGGUAGAGGCCUCUGAAAAUCAAGCAGUAGGACAGCAAAUACCAAAUUAUAAUCUUCCAUGGAAGAUCCUCUGUCGAGUGAUCAACGUCCAAUUGAAGGUUGAUCCAAAUACUGAUGAGGUGUUUGCCCAAGUGACACUGCUUCCUGAGCCGAAGCAAGACGAGAACAUAGUGUACGAGCCUCCCCCACCGCCACCAAGAUUUCAUGUACAUUCAUUUUCUAAGAUACUGACGGCUGCAGAUACAAGCACUUACGGGGGACUUUCACUGCUUAAAAAAUAUGCAGAAGAGUCUCUGCCACCUCUGGAUAUGUCAAGUGAGCCUCGAAUGCAACAAUUAGUAGCCAUGGAUUUGCAUGGAAAUGAAUGGCCAUUUCAACACAUUUAUCGAGGCCAACCAAAAAGGCACUUGAUUACAAGUGGAUGGAGUGGGUUUGUUACCUCCAAAAGACUUGUUCCUGGUGAUGCAUUUGUAUUUGUAAGAGAUGAGAAUGGAGGAAUUGGAGUUGGAGUUAGACGAGCCAAGAUAGAGCAGAGUAGUAAUGUUCCACUAUAUCUCAUUGAAGUUGCCACCGCAUGGGAAGCCAUCUCAAGAGGAACCAUGUUUACUGUUUAUCAUCGUCCAAGGCGGACCAGACCGAGGGCUGAGUUUAUCAUUCCAUUUGAUCGGUACAUGGCGUCUGUUGCCACUAAUUACUCCAUAGGGAUGAGUUUCGAAAUGAGAUUUGAAAGAGACACUGUUGAGCAUAGAUUUACUGGUACCAUUGUGAGAAUUGAAGACAUUGAUCCCUUAAGGUGGAGAGAAUCAAAAUGGAGAUGCCUUCAGGUGAGAUGGGAUGAAACUUGUAGCAUGCCUCGGCCACAGAGAGUUUCACCUUGGAGUAUCCAACUUGCUGCGACUCCUAUGCAAGCAGAUGCUUUUUAAUAUGAUAAUUAUAUAUAUAUAUAUAUAUAUAUAUAUAUAUAUAUAUAUAUAU